AUGGCAGGUUCAAGUAUUUUAAGAAUCCUAGAAGCAAGUGUGAUUUGCUGCGGGGUCACAUUGGUAUUACGUCAGACGGCCUUUCAUUUAGAUUGGCUGAGUAAGGUUACUGUGAUCCUUCAGUUUUGUAUUUGUGUUUGGCAGCAUUUAACAUCUCGACCUCCAGUCAGCCAUGUUGAUAGACCUGGAGCAGAUGCUGGAAUUCUUUGUUGUAUUUUAAUACCUAUGGCAGUUUUAUCAGAUUACAAUACAUUCAAUCAAAUUUCUUCAGAGAGCUUAACCUGGGAUGGAUUAUGUUUUCUCACUAAUAGAAAUCAAACAGGAUCAGCUUGUAAAAUUAAUAAUAUGUAG